AUGAAGAUUUUCAAGAAGGUGAAGAACACCGUGGGUGGUGGUGGUGGUGCCGGCAAGCCGCUCAGCCCGCGACCCAGCGACUCGGAGAAUGGAGCGGGCCUCUGCGACUUGGACAACAUAUGGGGCGAGGUCGAGGGCACGGUGGGCGACUCGUUCCGGUCCCUCCCCGUCCACAAGGACCUUCAUCGCCUCGCCCCCUCCACCCGAGUGUGGGACAGCGAGGGUCGGCAGUUGAACGGGCCGGACCUGUUUGCGGAGGACGCCGACGACGAGCGAAGGAAGCGGUUCCUGCCCACCAAGCGCGUCUUGUGGGCGCUGGCGUCCACCGUCGACCCCGCCAAAUGCGAUCACAUCAUGACCGUGUUCGAGGAAAAGGUGGUGCGCGGGUCGGUGCACGACAUUGUGGGCUCCAUGCUGGACUUUUUCGGACUCAUCGACGACGGCGAGGUCGUGGUGCCGCGCCUCCGAAGUCUGCGCAUCCUCAAGCUGGUGAAUCAAGCGAUCCUAGCGCCGGCGGUGAUCCACCUGAAUCUGUUCAUGACCAAGAGCCCCGAGAAGGAGACCUACAUGAACGCCGGCGACUGGAAGAUACAUAUUAAUUUUCAGAAGGACGGGCGAGUGACGGUGCGCCACUCCAAGUGGGAGAAGACGAAGGACUCGUCGUUCAAGUGGCACCUCAAGAUGACCCUCAAUGACUCCCUCUCCAUGCUCGAAGACGCCAGCUUCGCCUUCCUCAAGCUGCGCUUCCCCGCCACCGAGGCGGGCGAGGCCCGGAAGCGGGCCUUCCUCGACUACAUCGGUAAGUACUACUCAGGCCAAGCGCGGAUCGCGGAAGAGGAAAGAGAGAUGUGGGCACGGCCCCACAACAAGCUCCCCAUACACAAGAGCCUGGCUGCCAUCGCCUUCCGCUCCUCCGUCUCGCUGCAAGACAAGACGUUGUUUAGCUCUGUGCCUGACGCGCCAGCGGAGCAGAACAUCAAAUCCCUUCUGUUGGUCCUCGCCCAGGUCUUCUCCCCAAAUAAGGAAGAAGUGAUUGCCAACGAGUUCGAAAAGCACUACCAGAAGAACGACGUCGUGCUGAAGCUGUCCGACGACGAUGGUGACGAGGCCCGAGGCCUGACCGCCGUGCUCAAGACCCUCCACAGCAGCGUCAUCGCGCCGUGCCUCAUGCUCAUGCACGAGCGCGUGGGCAACACCGACCCCGCCUCACCAUCGUCAUCACCAUCAUCGUCACUGCAGUUGCCCGCCGUCAGAGAAAAGGGCGACGUCAUGGUGACCAUCCACAUCCACCACCCUGCCGCCGACCCCCACGGCGCCGCCGCCGAUGAUGAUGACGUCAGCAGCGCCAGCAGCACCACGAGCAGUGCCAGCAGCAGGAAGGACGACAACGAGAGCGGCAGCUUCGCCCGGUGCGGCGAAGAGGAGGACCAGCAGCAGGCCACCACCACUAUCAACGGCGGCGCCUCAGCUCCUUCAACCAAAGCUGUGACAGCCGUGACGAAGAAGAAGGAGAGGAAGAAGAAGGAGGACAGGUGGGUGACGGUCCGGCACAGCAUGCAGGCGGUGAGCGAGGCCAAGCCCGAGGCCGAGAACUACUUCGAGUUCGGCUGGCAGGUGGAGAUGGACCUGGACCACCGGCUCGAGCGGAUGGUGGCCGUGCGCAUGGGGGUGGCCGACCUCCGCUUCGGCGCCCGCGUGGACAGCGACGCCCGGAGCGACAUCGAAGCCGCCCUGCGAAAGGCCCUCGAGUAG